AUGCCUUGGAUAAGACUAAUUUCAGGAUCGUGAAUAUCUCGUCAUAUCAUGGCCCACGUGAGACAUUUUCGAACAUUAGUUUCGGGAUUUUACUUCUGGGAAGCAGCACUGCUACUCAGUUUGGUUGCCACAAAAGAAACAGAUAGUGCAAGAUCUCGAAGUGCUCCAAUGUCACCUUCUGACUUUCUGGAUAAAUUAAUGGGGAGGACAUCGGGGUAUGACGCAAGAAUCAGACCCAAUUUUAAAGGUCCUCCAGUUAAUGUCACAUGCAAUAUAUUCAUAAACAGCUUUGGCUCUAUCGCCGAGACGACAAUGGAUUACAGAGUGAAUAUCUUUCUUCGUCAGAAAUGGAAUGACCCUCGCCUUGCCUAUAGUGAGUAUCCUGAUGACUCCCUGGACCUGGACCCUUCCAUGUUGGACUCCAUUUGGAAACCUGAUUUGUUCUUUGCCAAUGAAAAGGGUGCCAACUUUCACGAAGUUACUACAGACAACAAAUUGUUAAGAAUUUUCAAGAAUGGAAAUGUUCUUUAUUCAAUAAGAUUGACUUUAACACUCUCUUGUCCAAUGGAUCUCAAGAAUUUUCCAAUGGAUGUACAGACAUGUAUAAUGCAACUGGAAAGUUUUGGGUACACAAUGAAUGACCUAAUUUUUGAAUGGCAAGAUGAGGCACCUGUACAAGUGGCAGAAGGACUCACUUUACCCCAGUUUCUGUUGAAAGAAGAGAAAGAUUUACGAUACUGCACUAAACAUUACAACACAGGAAAGUUUACAUGUAUAGAAGUGCGAUUCCAUCUUGAGCGACAAAUGGGAUACUAUCUGAUCCAGAUGUACAUUCCUAGCCUCCUGAUCGUUAUUCUGUCCUGGGUUUCAUUCUGGAUCAAUAUGGAUGCUGCUCCAGCCAGAGUAGCUUUGGGAAUAACGACUGUGCUGACCAUGACCACACAGAGUUCAGGAUCACGAGCUUCCUUGCCAAAGGUCUCAUAUGUCAAAGCUAUUGACAUUUGGAUGGCAGUAUGCCUCCUGUUUGUGUUUUCAGCACUUCUGGAAUAUGCAGCUGUAAAUUUUGUUUCAAGACAACACAAAGAACUUCUGAGAUUUCGAAGAAAGAGAAAGAAUAAAACAGAAGCUUUUGCAUUGGAGAAGUUUUACCGUUUCUCAGACACGGAUGAUGAGGUAAGGGAAAGUCGAUUCAGCUUUACAGCCUAUGGAAUGGGACCAUGUCUGCAAGCAAAAGAUGGUAUGACCCCAAAGGGCCCAAACCAUCCUGUCCGGGUAAUGCCAAAAAGCCCUGAUGAAAUGAGAAAAGUCUUUAUCGACCGGGCCAAGAAGAUCGACACCAUCUCCCGAGCCUGCUUCCCAUUAGCCUUUUUGAUUUUUAAUAUUUUUUACUGGGUUAUUUAUAAAAUUCUCAGGCAUGAGGAUAUUCAUCAGCAACAAGAUUAA